AUGUCGUCCGAUCCGUCAUACAAAGCCCAACCGGCAAACGACAUUGAAAGCAGCCCCGAGAAAACACACGAAGAGAACGCCGGGAUGACCAUAGACGAGCAAAAGGCCGAAAGCAUGCCGUAUCGCCAGGAUGCGUUCGGUGACGAGUCUCAUGCAGAAGUCAAAUACAAAGUUCUCAAGUGGUGGCAAUGUGGCCUGCUGAUGGUCGCUGAAACGAUCUCGCUCGGUAUUCUGUCCAUCCCUGCGGCAGUGGCUGGCCUCGGGCUUGUUCCUGCUAUUGUUAUCCUUCUCUCGAUGGGUGUUGUUGCAUCUUAUACUGGCUAUGUGAUCGGACAGUUCAAGUGGCGGUAUCCCCAUGUUGUCAGUAUGGCUGACGCGGGAGAAGUCCUGAUGGGCCGUUUCGGUCGUGAACUCUUGUUUAGUGGUCAAAUGCUCUUCUUAAUCUUCCUGAUGGCGAGCCAUAUCCUCACUUUUACGGUGGCCAUGAAUACCCUGACAGACCAUGGUACCUGCUCGCUUGUCUUUGGGGUGGUUGGCCUGGUCGUCUCUCUUAUUCUCUCCCUGCCACGCACGAUGAAGAACAUGUCGUGGCUAUCGCUUGCCUCAUUUAUCAGUAUUUUCUGUGCUGUGAUGGUCGCCAUGGUCGCCAUCGGCAUCGAACACCCCGGUGGCCCUGUCAAAGCCACGACCGAAACCAGCCUCGUUACUGGAUUCACCUCCGCCCUGAAUAUCAUCCUGUCAUAUGCGAGCCACAACGCCUUCUUCAACGUCAUCGCCGAACUGAAAGACCCCAAGGACUUCCCCAAGGCCCUUACCCUCCUCCAGACCAUCGAUAUCUCGCUAUACCUCGUCGCAGGGGUUGUCAUUUACUACUUCGCUGGGGAGGAUGUCAAGUCGCCAGCCCUUGGCUCUGUCAACCCAUUAGUGUCCAAGAUUGCCUACGGCAUUGCAUUGCCAACCAUUAUCAUCGCCGGUGUAAUCAACGGCCACAUCGCUUGCAAGUCAAUCUACACCCGCGUCUGGGCGGGCACAGAUCGCAUGCAGAAGCGCGACUUUAUGGCCGUCGGGUCUUGGAUUGGGAUCGGCGUCGCCCUCUGGGUUGUUGCUUGGAUUAUUGCGACAGCGAUUCCUGUUUUCAGCAGUUUACUUAGUUUGAUGACUGCCCUCUUCGCUAGCUGGUUCAGCUUCAGUCUCCCCGGUGCAUUCUGGCUCUUCAUGAACAAGGGGCUGUGGUUUUCGUCAAAGAGGAAGGCUGCGCUGACCUGUUUGAAUGUGUUUUGUUUCGUUAUUGGUGUUAUUAUGUGUGCGCUGGGCCUUUAUGCUUCUGGGAAGGCAAUCCAUGAUGACCCUGGGAGUGCGAGCUUUUCGUGUGCGAAUACUGCGUAG